UGGACUUGGAGGUGCGGCCGGGGCUGCCGGGCCGUCGGGGGGCCGUGCGGUCAGCCCCCAGUCCAGUCCCGGGAGGUCGGGCCGAGCCACGCUGGGCGUGGGUGUCCGGGGGGCAGGGGUGACGUCUGGUGCGCAGGAUGCUGAGCGCAGGGGCGGGGCGCCUGGGAGGUCUCGGGCUGCGUGGCACUUGGCCCCGGCCCUGCAGCGCGUGGUCAGUGACACGGAGGGGCUGGAGAGACCUGUGCGCAGUGUGGAGGGCGGAGGGAGGGCCGAACGCCGGCCCGGCCAUGCACGGCCCUGCCAGAUCCUCCAGGCCGGAGGACCCGGAGGUGGGGAGGCCCUGACCUCCGACCCCAAGCCCGGCCGGGUGGCUGGUCAGGGCAGACGGGGGCUGAGGUGUGGAAGAGGCUGACCACGGAGCACGUCGGGAGAGGCUCGCCACGCAGUGGAGCCUGGAAGACGAGGAGGAGGCUGCGCGGGAGCGGCGUCGGCGGGAGCGAGACAGGCAUCGGAGGGCCCAGGACCAGGAUGGAGGCAGCCCAACCCCAGAGCCCCCGGAGCAGGAGAAGCUGCUGCAGGCCCCGGAGGCCCCAGAACUGGAGGAGGAUGAGGGGUUCGGUGACUGGGCACAGAAGUCAGAGCUGCGGCAGCCCCUGCAGGGAGAGAGCCCAGAGGGGGAGCAGGAGGAGGCCAGCCAGCCCCCCGAAAAGGCCCCACGACUGGGAGGGGGAAAGGGGGAAAGGGAGGAAGAGAACGAGACGGCAAGGCGGCGGCGAGGGGCCGCGGGAGCGGAGCCGCCUGCCCAGCGGGGGCCCUGGUCCUGGCUCAGCCUCCUGCCCACCACCCGCUCCAGGCCCCAGGGUUCCCCAUCUGCCUCUGCCCUGUGGGCCCCAGGAUGGUGAUGAGCUGUGUCCAGCCAGAGUCUGCCUGGAGGAGCUGCAUCUGAACCCCAACUCCGAGCCCCAGGAGGGGCCGGGGCCGGAGCAGGCAGAGCCUGUGGGCCCAGAGGAGACGGGCCGGGGCAGCCCGGGCCCAGCAGAGGCCGAGGAGGCUGAGGAGAUGUUUCGUUUCCAGCACCAGCAGUGUCAGCGGCCCCGGGCGCCCAGCCCCUUGCUCUUGGAGGAGACCACCGAGCCGAGCUCGCCUCCCCUGAGCCCCAGCACCAAACUCAUCGACAGAACCGAGUCCCUGAGCCGCUCCAUCAAGAAGAGCAACAGUGUGAAGAGGUCCCAGCCAGCCCUGCCCAUCUCCAAGAUUGAUGACCGGCUGGAGCAGUACACCCAGGCCAUCGAGACUGCUGGCCGGAACGCCAAGUUAGCUCGCCAGCCCUCCAUCGAGUUGCCCAGCAUGGCCGUGGCAAGCACCAAGAGCCGGUGGGAGACGGGAGAGGUGCAAGCUCAAUCUGCUACCAAGAGCCCCUCUUGCAAGGACAUUGUGGCUGGAGACAUGAGCAAGAAAAGCCUCUGGGAGCAGGAAGGAGGCUCCAAGACCUCGUCGACCAUUAAGAGCACCCCGUCUGGGAAGAGGUACAAGUUUGUGGCCACCGGACACGGGAAGUAUGAGAAGGUGCUGAUGGAUGAGGGCUCGGGGCCCUAAGCCUUCCCUCUCGUGAGUCAGGGCAGCGGCCGCAGCAGCUGUCCUGAGCCGGGUGCAGGCUGGGGGCUCCCUCCACACUCCCCACCCAUGCUCCCGGGGAGUCCAGCCAGAUGCCCACCCAGCCCUGCCGAAGAAGCCGCUUCCCAUUGCCUGCCUGGCUGCCCACACCCCUCCAGCACCUGCCACUGCCACCACCUCUGUCCCUGGACCUCCGGCCUCUCUCCCCUCCGCUCCCUGACCCACCGGCUCUGCCUCUCACAGCCCGGGAGCAAUGGGCUUCUCACUGGUGCUUGGCAAAGGGGACCAUCCCCAGAGGCCACACACCCACCAGGAAGGGGUGUCCUGUGCAGAGAGCACACCAGCCAGGGGACAUCCCGUCAGGAGCCACCGAUGCCUGUGGGACCCUCCGGCCCUGCGUCCCUCCCUGCCUCCUGCUUGCAGCCCCUUCAUUUGUGCAAUAAAGCUCUUUCUGUCCCCACA